UGUGCAAACGGCACUUUGAACCCGGGUUCAAAGUCUCUUAACUAUAUAGUUAACUGUUAAACCGUGGUUUAAGGACUUAAUGUGCAUUUCGCUUGCCAUUGUUAUGCACGUCUGCACAUAACAUCAACCGAUUAUUUUCGAUGAGUUAAGAAUAUGAGCUAAACAAUGUCAGUCUUCAGUAUAACUGACACUGCUGGUAUAGACUAUAGUCUGCUUUCAUCGAUUGUGUACAACUGUGUGCAGGAAGAAAAGCUGAGCGAGCUUUUUCAGGAAGAAACGUUUAGCAAGCUGCGUGCUACUCUUUCCAAACAAACACUGGAGCAGCGUCAAAAGAUUGUGAAUCAUAAGAUCAAUGGCAACACGUCACUUUUCAUGGCAUGUCAACAAGGCAAGGUGCACUUUGUGAACUACCUCAUCGAGGAGUGUGGUGCAGACAUCGAAAUUAAAGGUGUGUAUGAAGUUCAUGAGGAAAAUUCCCGCUACCUUGUCUCCCCGCUCUGGUGUGCAGCGGUGGCUAACAAACUGGACGUCGUUCAGACGCUCGUGCGUCACGGUGCCAACGUCAACGAGACCUCUGACACGGACUCCACACCGGUACGAUCAGCCUGCCUCACCACAAACAUUCAGAUGAUCAAGUUCUUGGUUGAAAAUGGCGCUGAUAUACUAAAGCCUAACAAAAAUGGUGGAACAUGUUUGAUAAACUCCGUUCGAAGCGCACAACUGUGUACGUUCCUCAUAAGCAAAGGUGCCGCUGUGAACGCUGUUGAUAAUUUUAAGGACACUGCCUUGCACUAUGCAAUACGUGAAGGAAUGCUGGAGUCGGUGAAAGUUCUGUUAAGCAAUAAAGCUGAUUACAUGAUAAGGAACGAUUUUGGUGAUGAUGCUCUGCAAACGGCUGCAACCAGAGGAAAUGUUGAGAUCGUAGAUGUCAUUGUUGAAAUGGCUGGACUUUCUCUGGAGGCUAAAAUACAGGCUUAUGAGAUUCUUGGUACGUGUCAUAUAGAUGAUCGUAAUGACAUUGUGUUUGGCUUGCAGCUGUGGCGCCAAGCUAUGAAAUGGAGGUACAAGAAUAAAAAUCAACCGAUUUUGAAAGUUUUACCAAAAGAAACUAAAAAAGUCUACUUGAAUGCUAAAGAACCUGAAAAUGAGGAGGAGCUUUUGGAACUGACUGACCCUGAUGAGAUAUACAUGCAGAGUCUUCUGAUACGAGAGAGAAUACUAGGGCAACACCAUGAGGAUUCAGUAUUUGGACUCAGGUACCGAGGGGCCGUGUACGCCGACUCAAACAAGUUCCAGCGUUGCGUAGACCUCUGGAAAUAUGUUUACAUUUUUCGUUAUCAACAGAACGAGCCUCUCAAUCUGGACUGCCUGUACAAUGUGCAGACUCUAGUGAAAUUAUUCUGGCAUGUUCAGAAGGAACGUGAAAACAAUGGUGAAAUCGAGGCCAAAAUCUUUUUUGAUGAUGCCCUCGAAGUUCUACAAAUCCUUACAGGUCAGAUCAUAUCAGCCAAAGAAUGUUUGAGCAAUGACGGGGAAUGUUUGCUCUAUGAACAGGCCUCCAAGUUGAAUACCCAAGCAGAAGACAAGGCUUCGCAGACGUUGUCCGAGUUUCAACUCCUCAUGCAGCUGUACGUGCACAUGAUUCACCUGCUGACUAAACUGGAGUGCUCGCUCGACCAGACGCACGCCUACAUGUCCUGCAUUCACAGGCUGGUGAGCACGGAUCCGAGGUGUACCAAGAGACUCUCACUACUCCACCUGGCGGUGGACUCCAAGACGUCACUGAUCGCUGACGAAUAUUACUCUCAGUUUCCUUCCCUUGAGGUUGUUCAACUUCUUGUGCGGUGCGGGGCGAACGUGAAUGCGCAAUGUAAGUGUGGGAAUACGGCAUUGCUGAAAGCGGCGCACACGAUGUACAUGCACAGCGGGCCUCCUGAGGAUGAGGAGAAAAAAGUCAUUGAAUAUUUACUUGCUGUAGGGACCCAUGUGGACAUAAUGAAUAAUAUUGGAGACACUGCAGAGAAGUUUUUAAAACAUUCUGUGAUUUUCAGUUACAGCCCUUUGCAGUAUUUGUCGCUAAAAUGUUUGGCCGCUCGUGUGAUAUUGAAAGAAAAAAUCCCAUUCAAAAGUGAAGUUCCUGUGUCUUUGAUUCCUUUUGUUCAAUGCCAUGGAAUGCAUUGUAACUGAUAUUAGUUUGCGUUUUUCCGUCAUAUAUUACAACUGAUUUCAAAACAUUUAAAUGAAAAGGAUUUUAUUUAAAAGAUUUCUUGUUAUGGUGAUAACUUAUUUAAUAUUUUGUGAAUUGCUAGGUUUCUUUUAUUUAUUUAAGACAUUUGUCAUAAAUGUAUCAUGUUAAUCUGUUGUUCACCCUUACUAGAUGACUGUCAGUGAUAUAUUGUGAAAUUGGCUGGGAACUUGUCAAAAUAAAAGCCAGCUAGUGGGAAUUUGACCUGUUUUCUUUUUCCAAUAAUAUCUACACAUGCGACUGGGAUUUUGUUAAAAUUACAGUAUGUCUAUUUGGUAAAGUAAAAUAAAUAAUAUGGCAUAUUUUACUCCAUGUAGAGUGCAAUUUUUACCAUACUCGUCAACUGCCUAUUCUAUAUAUGUAAUAUUACAAUACAUAGUUUAUAAAGCCUUUGUAAGGCAUCAUCCCCUCAGAAUAAUUCAUUCAUAUACUAGUAAUCCAUAGCAUUCCCCCACAAACUUUUCUUAACCCUUUCCCACUCAGAAGCAAAGUGAAAAUGGCUAUGUGCAAACAGCAUAAGACUAGAACAGCCUGAGAGUAACUUGCAGUCUGUUCAUGUUUUAUGCUGUUUGCUGCUCGUUCGUAUCUAAGGUUUCCAAAAAUUGAAUCUACAUUUAGUCUUAAAUUUUUAUAACUUUCUAAGGGACUACAAAUACGUGAAAAUACAUAUCUAAGUGGUAAAAGGUUAACUCAGAAAUCGUAAUUGCCGACUUUUUCCCCCAACAAUAUUUCUAUGGGGAACUAAGUUCAGCAUCCACAGAUAUCAGGCCAGACAAGUAUCAUUUAAUUUAAUUACUUUGAUGAAAACAGGAGUAUCCUGAAAAUCAUAUCAUACCCUGUCUGUCAGUGUCUGUCUCUUUGUAUGAGGUUAACCCAACAUGAAUUGUUUCAUCUUACAUUAGUUGUUCUUCUUAAACAGUUUUUAUUCCUGCAUUAAUGAUGUGUUUAGACACCAUCCCCUCUCCCACUUUCCCUAACCUCAUUUUGCCAUGGAGAUACCUUCGGACUAAGACUAAUUCAGAGCGUCCAUAUUCUUGAUUAAACCAAAAUGACACUUUAAAUCCGAGAUAAAUACGUUCUACAGAAGUCUUUGGAUACUUUCAAUCCAACACUCAUUUUGAACUUUAAAUUGAUCUCCUUUUGGACUUACUCAAAUAAGCCUAUGAAUCAAUAAGGACAUGACUUUCCUGGGGAUGUAUAUGUGUUUUGAAUGCUGGUUCUUAUUUAUUUUAAUGAUAAUUAAGUUUUUUAAGCAUUUUGUUUUUUGUUGUAAAUUUAUUUACACUAAAUGAAAUAAAUGUUGAUCUUAUCUA